UUCCACCGAACACCGAGCGUAACUGGCUGGCUUAAGAUAUUUCAUGGCCAAUGGGAGGACGUCUACUUUUACUUUGGGUUCGUUUUGUACUAUAAUUACAUGGACAUGAUGAUUCAUAGCAGAGAGACGCGGUGGGUUGUCCUGGCCCAGCACAACGCGGCGCUCGGAUAGAUGCUUUAUAGGCCUAUUGCCUGUCAGUUUUAUUCUGAUCAGAGUCCUUGGGGAAAACGGCCACUAUAGGGGCCAAGACGGGGUACUGUCUGCUCGACACUGCCUCGAGAUGCGGGAUUGCCGAGGUCGCCCAAGGAUAUAAAGAGCCACUUGGAUUGAUCAGAUAACAAUGGAGGGUUGUGAACUAUCCAAGGUGGACCUGCAUUGUCCUAGAUGCACUGAGAUUCAUGUGGAGCUCAAGGUGGAGCUUUCCUGCGCACUUGGACUCUAUGGAGCCUGCCUCAACACCUCUAAGAUAUAUGCUGAUUCAAUCGCUGAGACAUUCCCCUGUGCUCUCUGCCAAACCCCUUUUACAGGAUAUCGAACACAUCCAACCGAUCCUGGUCUUCAGAGUGAAAUACUUGACAGAAUAAGACUUCCGAUCAGGAUGUACAAGUUCCAUUCGUUUUCUCAGACCCGAUACUGUGGCGACUGCUGCUGCCAGCUUGUGUGCCCCAAGUGCUUUACUGAGAAGCAUCACACUCGUGAAGAACACGUGAAGACUUCUGGAAAGCUAUCAGAAGGAACAGCAGAUAUGGACACACAGAUGAAGAAACAUAUCAUUGCAAUAGACGUUCUCCUCCCGAUCUCUGAAUGGCGAGAGCAAAGUGCAUCUUUGAAAGCGACUUCAGCAGGUAAUACAGAAAUCCAUGAUCAACUGGAGAAGAAGAUUCUGAAGGAAACUGUCAUAGAUAUGCAAGAUAAACUAACGGAAAGACUGGAUUUGAAUAACCAGAAAAGCACUGGGUGUGUCAGAGGAAAGAGCAAUCUAUACGUCGAGACUCGGAAACUAAAGGGUUCCUCGGGGAAAGGUUUGGACAAGAAGUCAAAUGAAGCUUUGUUUGAGGCUUCGAUUGCAAUAGAGGACAAACACGACUUCCGACUUACAAUACCACAACUCUUGGGUGCAGAUCUGGUCCUGGGUGUUGCCUUGUUGAAGCCAUCAGCGUCCUGUGCACCUGACGAGAUACAUUUCAACUCGGACGUUUUCCACACGUUUCAACCCCAGUGUCGUGGAAAUGUCAUUCAGGGAUAUGGGUUGCACCUGAUAAAACUCACUGUUACUUUAUGUUAUGCAUUUAUAGUGCUUUACCUGUUGUUGGCCUCAUAUGAAAGACACCACGGUUGUUACGAUGUCAGGCAUGAGUUCAGUCAUGGUUUUGUUCGAGGCUUCAAGAAAUGCAGCUGGGUAAUGAUCGAGUCUGUAUCAAAAGAACUAAUAUAUCAACUAGCGCAUCAAUUUGGAAUAAUCUUACCUAUUUAGCAGGGAAAGAACUGGGGUAAUCAGAAUGUAAUUGGUAUUAUGAUAACUAUUUGGUGGGAAUAUUUAGUUUUGUAGAUCUCGAAGUCCCGAUAAGUUUUAAUCUCAUAAAAAUCAGACUUUAGUGCUCGCAACAGUUACACAAAGAUCUGAGGACAUCCCAGUACAGGUCAGAAUGACCUUUCGCGAACUUUGACCGACCAAUGAAAUAUUCAGGAAGAAGAGAAAGUCUUCAUUAGCCAAUCAGAAAGCAACUUUCUCGAGCUUUUCGAUAUUAGUUUCAAACUGGAGACUUCCAUCUUCCAUUCCAGAUUAUGCUUUGAAACAUAUUUUUAUAAAAAAAAUCUUGUUUCACAGUUUGAAAACUGAACAAACGAAAAUUCAUGAAUGUCUGAUAGAUGGCCUAGCUUGAAUGGGAGUACUUCCCACGGGCAAUGAAAAGUCCCUUCAUUCGGACUUUCACUUUUGGUCUGUUUGGUCAGAUGAAGGGUCGUCCUGACGUGACCUGUAAUGGGAUGUCCAAAGAUCUAUGUGUAGCGGUAGCUAGCACUAUAAACAUCAAAUUUGAAUGAGAUUGGGUUAUAUUUUAAAUACAUGUGUAUUAAACACGUGAUUCUGUUCUUAUGUCCAGUAUAGAUCAACAUGUUUGUUUGUUUGUUUGUUUCUUAUCUCCAACCAGUCAUACGGUGAGCUUAAUUAUGUCGUGGUCCGUCGUUAACUUUCGGAUAUCUUCUCUGAAACUACAAUGUCUAUACAGCUGAAACUUUGUAUGAACGAUCCCAGCUAUGGUGUCCCCAACAAAAGUGCAAACAGAAUUCCGAUACAAUUUUAAACAUGCUGAAAAUGUCAUCUUGGCCAUAAUUCAGUCAUAUCUGCAUGAAUAAUUAUUAAUGAAUCAGUGUAAAACGGUUUGGGGGCCAAUUUGAUGCUUGAUCUCGUUACGACUUUUUACUUUCACGAGCCGAAAUAUUUAAAAUUAAUGACUAAUAAUCGGCCAUCAUUCCCCAAAUGUAAUUGUUAACAUUUGGCAUUGGUGUAGUUAGUUGUGGAGACUGACAUGUGUGUUUCUGUUUUCGCAAUAUUAUGAAUUUUGAUCUCGAUUCAACCUUCACAGUGUAAUAGUUGGUGUCACCAAAGUGGCUACACACAUCAAAGCAGGUGCAAAAAUUGAAACCAUUUUCUGCAUACAUUUGGGAACAAUGGCAAAGAGCAUGUUUUCGCCAAUGGUUGUCAAGGAAACCAAACUUGACUUUGAGCAACAUUGAGAUACGCUUUCUGUAGGGUGGCCCACGGAAAGU